AUGAAGGUGUUUAUUUUGAUUAGCGUUGUGUUGGCUUGCGCCGCAACGUCACAAAGUUCACCAACUGACACGCCAAACAACACGCCAACGCCACGAAAACUCCAUAUUUUCGAUAACAUCAAAGCGGCAUCGUCGAAUUUAGCAUCGGCCGCCUCGAAUCAAAUAUCAAACGGUGUGAAUCGAACAACGAACUUGGUAAAUACGAUGUCAGACGUUUUAACGUUGGCUUUGAACACCACCAAUAAAUUAUCGACCAUUGACCGCAAAUACUUUUUGGGUGGAAAACUGGCUAAUGCAUCGUCAAUAUUUCUAAACACGACAUCGACUGUCGUUGUCAACAUAUUGAACGCAAAGUUCAGCAGACUCAACCGUUUGAUUGCCAUAAAAACGAACAUCACCAACAAAAUGCUACACAUUUCAAUGAAUUUCGUGAAUAAAACCGGGCAACUUCUCACCCGAUUGACAGCCACGUCUCGUCCGCGCUCUUUACCUAGUCGCAAAUGGAAUAUCACCCAAAAGAUUCUCAAUAAAUCAAUAAAUCUAGCCAAUGUGACAGGUCAGUCUCUAGCCAAUGUUAUCAAUGCCACUUCAGUGCUUCUUACAAAAUCCAUCGAUGAUCAAACCCAUUUUGUAACGGAGCUUCUUAAUUCGACGGCCAACAUAUUAAAUGAGACGACUAAUUCACUGGGGAGUCUAUUGAAUACCACAAAUCAUUUGAUUGUGGAUGUAGCCGAUUCGAAAGUCGAUACCAGCGCUUUGGUUCUAUAUCAAACGGCUAAUCUACUGAGUGCAUCAUCGAAAACCGUACGGUUAUUCUUGAAUACGACCACACUGCUUAUAAACAAUGCGGCUUCCAAUAAAUUAACCGAAAGCGGACACAAUUUCACACUCGGCGGAUUGAAUGUGACCCAUAAUGCAUUGAAAGCGGUUUUCCGUUCAACAGCCUCACUACUGCAAGAUGUUAUUUCGGCAAAGAAAGAUAUUUCAGCCCGUUUAAUUAUCGCUACCGGAGCAUUUCUUGAUGCAUCCAUUCAAAUAAAGACAAAACUGUUCAACAAAUCUCUCGAUGCUACGAAACGACUCACAAACAGCACCAUCAUACAUAUUGCAUCGAAACUGCAUGCAACUGCCGACAAACUCACUUCGCAUUUGGGCGAUUCAACAGUUCCUGUUGCGCCAAACAAUAAACCUCUUGCUGACGGUGGAAUUGGAAUAGCCACCGAAAACAAUGGAGCUCAAACCGAACAUACGGAAAUUUCGACCGAAAAUAAUGAAAUUCAAACUGAACAUGCUGAAGUUUCCACUGAAAAGCAUGAAAUGACAACUGGAAAUGGCGAAGCUUCAGGUGACAUUGAAACUUCAAGUGCACCAGUUAAUGAUGAUCCAGGUUUAAGUGAAUCACUUGAAGAUGAAAUUGCAUCGAAACUACAUGCAACUACCGACGAACUCACGCAUUUGAGCGAUUCAACAGCACCUAUUGCAUCUAGCAAUAAUGCUGAAAUUUCAACUGUAACUGAAAACAAUGGAGCUCAAACAGAAUCUACGGAAAUUUCGACUGAAAAUGCUGAAGCUUCCACUGAACCGGACGAAAUACCAGCUGAAAAUAGCGAAACAUCAGGUGACAUUGGAACUUCAAGUGCAUCAGUUGAUGAUGAUGAUCAAACUUCAAGUAAAGCUUUUGAAAAUGAAAUUGCCGACAAUGUCACACCAUCUGAAAGUCUCAACCUAUCCGCGCCGACAGGUGCAAUUGCCGAUCAAACAUCCGAGACGACAGGUAAUCAAACCGAAUCCAUCAGCACAAAAAGUGAUACUCCACCUGUCGACGCCUAA